UGUGGAAUUUCCCCUCAUCUUAAUUUCGAGAAAAUAUAUCAUUUAGGACAUAGGGUUAAGGCAACGCAGUUGUGAACCGAGUUCAACUAGAAUGUUUUGUCGUCAGUUUGUCGUGUCGCAGUUAACUCGAAAACCGAUACAGCAUGCACUUUUUCAUAAGUCUGAAACAAACAGUUUAAAUUCUUUGAUAAACGGUAAAUUGUUACAUAAGUAUAGCAGACAGGAAGGAGCAAGUGAAAGGCCAAUACAAAAUAUUUAUAAAGCAAAAUGGCUUCAGUUUGGAAAGCUGGGAAUUUUGGCGGCAUCGGCAGCAGCAGGCUUCACUUAUUGGACAUUAUUGGAUGUCAAAGCAGGUUCAUCUUCAGGACAAGGAUCAGGCGGUGGAUUAGGCCCGUCAUCAGGUGGUGGGUUAAGCCCGUCAUCAGGCGGUGGAUUAGGCUCCUCAUCAAGCUCACCACUCAACAUUAUACUUCGCGUUGCAUUAAAUUGGAUGUUAAAUAGGCUUACAGAUAACAAUAUAGAUAAUCUAGAAUGGUUUACAAAAGAUAAACUGAAAGCAUUUUGUGAAAAAAAUCCUGACCAGCUGAAGUUUUAUGCUGUUUUUGAAAAAGACGUGAACAAUAAGGUUGUGAUGCGUAAACUUUCUAAUGAUGAGUAUAAGAAGUUGAUAAAUGAGAAGUUUGAUUCUUCCUUCAAAGAUGAGGCUGCGAACUGGAUUCCAUUACCCUGGUGGAAUAUAUCUAGUAAAUCUGUAAGAAAAAAGGACACACGAAAUGAAAACUUGCGUCAAUUUGAAAUAUUUGGGGACUACAAUGAUACAGAAAAAGACUUUCUGACAUUUUCACCUGUAGAACAAGAGUUAAAAAAAGAAAAGAAUUACCAGAUAAGGGUGGGAACAGUUGGUGACCUGACUCUAACAGCUCGAGCUGUAAGCAGUAACGGAUCACCCACUCUUGAGAUGAGAAAAAAUGGGAAUGUUAUAAAAUAUAGAUAUGUAGAUAAAGAAGAAAAAGUAGAGAGUGUUACAGAAGCCUCAAGUAAAAUCCCUGAGUUGGAUGAUGUCAUAAAAAUAAAGUAAAUUUGUUGUGUUAGAUAAAAAUGAUUUUAAAAUAUUUUUAUGAAAAGAUCACUGAGUUAAAAAAAAGCCCAAGGCUAAAACACCCCACUCUAAUAUUUUGUUAAAUAUUGAAAUAACAGUAUAGGGGUCAUCCAUAAAUGACGUCACACU